AUGAAUUAUAUUACUCCUCAAGCUCUUAAAUUUCAAUUAGAUAACUUCCAAAAAAUCUUAAUUGCCAAGCGAAGAAGUAGUAUCCUAACUACAAUUAAAACUGAAACUACUAAAUUACUUCAAGAUUUACCUAGGGGAGUAGACAAAAAUCAACUUUUGACCCUUUUAGAAGGUAUUUUUGGUUCUAAAAACUUUCAAGAUGGUAAAUAUAAAGGGGGCAAAGAAGUAGUAUUAGAAACAGUUCAGGAAUUUUUCGGUAAAGAAAACUUUAAAAAUGACCAACAAAAUCUGAAGCAAUCUUUAACUAAUGGGGAAGCUAAAACCUUAACUUCGCAAUUAAUUGAAGAAAAAUUAGGCGGUUCGGAGAAAUUUCAAGAAGGAGUUUAUCAAAGUGAAGCAGAAACCAUCAAUAUUGUUAAAAAAGGUUUGGCAAAUGAAGGUCCAUUAUUAGAAGUUAUUCAUGAUAUUUUCGGCCCCGACAAGUUUUUUCCCAAAGAAGGUGGAGAAGGAAUUCCUAAAGACAAAUUUGGUUCUAAUGUCGAAGGAGCCGAAGACCUUUACGAAGAUGCCAAAAGUAAAGGACAACAAAUCCUUGGCGAAGACUUUAAUGAUACAGAAAAGCGAAGAAUAGAAAAAGAAGGACAUACUCCGGACAUAAUUCAAACUAUUUUAAAGGAUAUUCCAAUCCAAAGGAAAAAAUUAGCCCCUGAAAGCUUAAUUAAUAAAGACAAAAUAAUCGCAACUUACACUACUAAAACUAUUGUCAAAAGUAAAGAAUACGAAAAGUCUACCAAAAACAUCAAUCCGUUAAAACAUAUUGCGGAAGAAGUCGAUAAUGCUCAUGAUUUUAUCAUUCAAAAAAUAGACUUAGAAACUGAUUUGAAUAAUUUUCCCACUGAUGAGGAAAUUAAAGGAACUUACAACGAAAAACAAGUCCCUGAUACCAUUAACUAUGAAGAAUUAAGAAAUCUACGUAAUAGUAAGAUAAAAUCCUUAUUUAAGCAAUAUUUUCAAGGUAAUUCUCCUAGUUCCUUAAAAGAUAAUGAAAUUGAACUAUGGAGAACUUCCCCGACUGGUUUACCAAAUACUGGAAAAGACCAACGCCUUGCUUUUGAUAAUGGGUGGAUCACUCCUAGAGAAAUUACCGAAACAAAGACUAAAUAUGAGGGAAUUGAAAAUAUUGCGGUUUUAAAGGUUAAAAAAGUCGAUAUUGACAAUGAAAUUCUUAAAGUUAAAGAACUAGUUAAGCAAAUCAAUGCUUACCGAUAUUUACGGGAUUUAGAUGCUAACCAAGCCAAUAUUGAUAAACAAUUCGCCGAACUAAAAACCGAUCUACUUCCCCCUAACAAAGCCCAAGAAAUUAAAGAAGCCGAGCAAAAACAACGCGAAAAGCUCUUUUAUUACUUAACUGACCCUAAAGAUGGAGGUAUAGAAGAAACUACUCUUAAAAGAUUAGAAAAGAAUUUAGAAAACAAAUGA